GAAGGGUUGCUCAUUGAUCGUAUCUUAUAUAUAUUGAUGGGAGAAACCUUUUGGAAAGCAUGAAAUGCAAAGGAACAACCUCAGAAGAAAAACAAUUAGUCCGCUGACGCAAAAGAUAAAAGCUCCUCAACAUCUGCUGAGACUUCACGACAGAGAGGAUGAAUUUAACGAUGAACACAGCGAUGGCUUUCGACUGCCCAGCUUGCCCAGCUUACCGCAGCCGAAGUGGAAAAACGAUGAUAAUGUCGUGUCUAAUAGUAACAGCGCGGCAACCUCCGUUUCUUGGUCACAAGAGGUGGAAGACGCGGCAACUCAGAAAGUGGAGGAACAGUGGAUGACUAUAGAGAAAUUCUUUUACGAGGAAGAGGGGGAGGAGGACAAUCAGUCGCUUCAGGGAGCCAUUUUAGACGAAUGUACACAGUGGAAGACACAGAUACCAUAUUUCCGAAUAAUUGGUAAAAAUCCGGCUUGUGACAACAACACGCGAGAUAAAAUUGAUUCCAGUGACAAAGAAAAACUAUUUGAUGAUCCACAAAAUGAUGAACAGCUCGUAGAACACAGUUCUUUAGUAAAGGAAAGAGAGGAUUCUGCAGAAUACAAAGCAAAUAUCGCAAAAUUCGAGGACGUUCUCAAUAUCUUGACAGAAUAUGUCAUUUCACAGCUCUUCCCCAACGAGAGUGAUACAGACUCUUUAUCUGAAACUUUGAGCGAUGCUCUGAAAAUAACUCCCGCUCCUGUUCACAGUAAUACCAGAAAUUCCUCGAGAAACUCGAGAAGAAACUGGACGGAAGAAGCCAGUUCGCCGAAUUUUAUUGAGAAUAAGUCUCUAAGCAUAAGAAAUCGAUUGCUGGAUACAAAAAGCUCCCUUCAGACAAUAAAGAACGACGCAACUUAUCAAGAAAUUCAAAGGAGACAGAAGAGCUCCGCGAGCAAGUCGAGAGACAAUGGCGGAACGGGAGAAGACGCGUCCAAAGAAAGACUGCCCACGCCACACAUAGGCAGAAAUAAGCUCGGCACCGUCUUCAAUGAGAAGAUUGUCGUGAGUCCCGUGCCCUUUGUGGUAUCCACGCGGGAAAGCUUUUCCACUUUGAAAACUAUUCCGAUUCGAUUCAUGAACGAAGAUAUUUUUCAAGGACCUCCCAGACACGUUUCAGGUUUCCAAAAUUCCGCGAGAAAACCGGGUACUUCGAGAAGUCCAAAUAUUUAUUCCGCCUGGCAGGCUCCUGUUUGUCCAACUGUGUGGCCGAAAAAUGUCCGACUCGCUCCCAUAGAUACUUCGACACUUCGUAGCAGUAGUAGAAAUAGAUUCGCACCGUCGCCGGUUGUUCUGCAUUGCAGCAAAAAGCCGCUGAGUCCGAUUUCUCGGCCGGUGAUUCCGAAGUCCGCUCGCACAACUCGCGUUCGCAACGGCGAUUUUUUAGAGAUCCAAGGAAGGCACGUUGUUACCGAUCAGUCCAAACUCAAUUGGGACUACACUCCGAGAACGGUCUCCAGGAGCAAGAAGAAAAAGGAACGAACGAAGGGAGGGAAAAGAGCUUGACGUUGUAAAAAAAAAAGCGUCUUUACAAAACGCUCUCUGUCGAGAGAAAUAUAUUUUUCUGUGUCCUUGUAUAUGUCGUGUUGUAUAAGUCGUUUUUUGUGUGCGCGAUCGUGAAAAAAUCAAUCAGAGUACAAAAUGCUAUUUUCGACACGUUUGGUUUUUCGCAGCAGAAAAAUAAAAUGCUUUUGGAGCACAGACGGCAAAAAUGCUUUGGAAACGAUAGCGCUCGUACUCGAACGAAUGCUCUUCUUUACAGAAGAGAAGAGAAAAACGUCCUUACGCAAACGUUUCCGCGUGUAUUUCGAACACCGUUGUUUUUUUAAAUAAAUAUAACGCGUCGUUGACUGUUUCUACCUCAUCACGUGUAUGUUCGAAUGUUCCACACGCUUAUCGCGAAUGAAUAUUUUUGUAUGCAAUGCGCACGAAUUAUAUGUGUACAAAUGUAUCGUUGUAAAUAUAUGUGUUCGAUGUGAGUAAAUGCAA